UUUUUCUUUGACAGGAGAACCCGACCCGGAAGUAAUACCCGCGGUCCAUGGCGUGCGACGAGCGGCUAUUUUCGUCCUGAUAUGUCGGAUUUGAAGUUUCCGGGUCCAGAUCUGUUCCUGUAGAUUUUCUUUACAUCCAAACCUGUGGGCUGCUUUCAUGACGGACUUCUGCCACAAGUGUUGACGGGUGUCUGAGGUCGUGGAGACAUGGUGGGCUUCGACCCCGGGGCUAAGGGGCCAGCUCACCCCCCAGAGGAGGCAGCUCUGGCCGGGUCGGCCGCUGGGAUGGUGACCCGAGCGAUCAUCAGCCCGUUCGACGUCCUUAAAAUCAGGUUUCAGCUGCAGAUUGAGAGUGUGUCUUCACAGAGGCCGAAGGGGAAGUACUGGGGAUUGUUUCAGGCGUCGCGCUGCAUUCACUCGGAGGAGGGUCUCUCUGCCUUCUGGAAGGGCCACGUCCCGGCGCAGAUCCUCUCCAUCUGCUUCGGGGCUGUGCAGUUUGCCAGCUUUGAGCUCAUGACUGAGGCGGUCCACAAGUCGACGCCGUAUGACAGCCAAACAGCAGGAGUUCACUUUGUGUGUGGCGGCCUGGCUGCCUGCUCUGCCACAGUGUUCUGCCAACCUCUGGACAUACUGCGCACGCGCUUUGCAGCUCAGGGAGAACCCAAGGUGUACAGGAACAUGCGACACGCCGUGUCCACAAUGUGUCGCUCAGAGGGAGUUCUGACUUUUUACCGCGGCCUGUCUCCAACACUCAUGGCAGUGUUUCCUUAUGCCGGGCUGCAGUUCUUCUUCUACAACGUCUUUAAAAAUGUCUUGGCUCCACCGCCGCCAAAAUCUGGGAACUCUGGAGGGAGCCUGACGAGUCUGGUCUCUGGCAGCGGAGCCGGAAUGAUCAGCAAAGCCAUCACUUACCCGUUUGACCUCUUCAAGAAGAGGCUGCAGGUGGGGGGCUUCGAAGCAGCCAGACUUCACUUUGGACAGGUGCGGAGCUACAGAGGCCUGGUGGACUGCAUGGUGCAAAUAGCCAAAGAGGAGGGCGUGCGCGGCUUCUUUAAAGGCCUCUCACCCAGCCUCGUGAAGGCCGCGCUGUCGACAGGCUUCACCUUUUUCUGGUAUGAAUUGUUCCUCAAUGUCAUGCGUGACCUCAGGCAGAGGCGGAGAACAGACGACCUCACCAAAGACCUCGAGGAAAGAUGAUCGAGUUGAAAAUGUAACGAGGACAGAAUCACGCACAUCGCUGACGCACUUCCUGUAUGCCUUGCUCUUUGCACUGAGAUCUAACUGGGUCGAUGUUUGGUGAUGGUUUUAUGGUGUUUACAUGUAAGAACGUCGUGACCUCAUCUUACCUGUUUUUGUGCUGUCACUGCACCUUGUGUUGUACAAGCUUUGGAUUUUACUUUUUUCUAAAUGUAUAUAUUAAUAUUUUAUUCUGGGGUCUUUUAGGGUUUAUGGAUGCUUGUUCUGAACAGUGCCACAACUUUUUCCAUCACUGACGCUGACUUCUCCUGACAUUCACUCAUUAAACUGGGGGAAGAGUAUCCAGCAAAAUACGCUUUGUUGUGGUGUAUUCUCUUGAGUAUAGGCCAAAUGCUCUGCUUGUUCAGAGUUCAUCUCUUAAAAAGGGAUUGGGUUUGUGUCCAACACUAACUUUCAGGUCAUUAUUUUUAAAAUAAAGGUUUAAAGUUUCA